GGCGCAGGAAUAGCCUCCUGUGGAUGCCUGCCUGUCCGUAUCUACACUUUAAAGCCAGACCAAUGCACAACGAAAAACAGCGCGCCAUCGCGUCAGUCCACCAAGGGCAUCAGAACUGGCCGCAAAAACGUCCGUGACGACCAUGAUGGAUCGAUAGACAACUCGGCAGCCCUUCGCGAGAUGACUACCCUGCACACACAUGCACAGAAUGAGGCGACCACUCACGCCUCUCCUUCGUGCAGCUGCUCACCAGGCAGUGUAGGUCUCAUCGCCUUCCACCACAUCGUCGCUGCACUCGAUCGACACGGCGACGUGACGCACGCCCGUCAGCCGCCGAGACAGCUCGAUAAGCCCCCUGUACACCCUCACAAAGUCCACAAUGUCCUCUGCAUCGACUCUCAGCUCCAGCUGCGACCAUCCCAGCAUCCGGUCGAUCGCUGUGGUCGCCAUCGCAUCAGUCCAACAAUCACGCCCCACACCGCUCCCGUCACCUUCAACCAUGCGAAUCGUCUCGACGGCCGGAAGCUCCCCUGGCUGUCGCGUCUCGCCCACACACGUCCUGCCAGCGAGAAACUGGGCAAGCAGAUGCACGCCGAGAGGGUCCCCAGAGCACUCCAGCAGGCCGAGUCUCGUCACAGACGGGGGCAGGGCGGUGAGCAGCUGGGCGAUAGGACACCUGUGGCCCUCCUCCUGUGGUGGUCGCGUGUGGAUGGCCUCGACAGCGGUGAACCGGAUGGAUCUGACGGCCGGCAUGAGAUGGAAGGUGUCAGCCAGAUGUGGCAAGUGACGGAGGGGCUGGGGGUCGCUCGGAGAACCACGAAGCCCCACGCGCAGGGUCGUCAGCUGCCCACACCGAGAAAGGAGAAAGGAGACUGGACGGAUGCACAUCUCCGACGUACGUGUGCAUGUGCAUUCACUCGUACCUUUGGGUAGGUCGUCUGCCUGUGCCUGAAUGCCAUGGGGAUGCGGCAGUCGAGUCCCACCGUCAUCUCCUCACAGCUGGCAAACCUCAGCGGCCCCAAAUGCCCCUCCUCGCCUUGCCCCAUCCGAUGAUGCACCUCAACACCAACCGCACCAGCACACACCCGCUCCACCAGCCGCACCGCACACACGUGGUCCUCAAUCGAUGUCAGCGAGGGGUGGGUCGGCAGCGAUAGAAAGCGACACGACAGCAGCUUGGUGUGCCACUGCGCUCCAGGCGCGGACAGGUGGCGGAACAACGUCAGCAGGUGGCUCGCCGGCUCGAUACGAGCGAGUGUCCCCGUAGACCCUUUGGGGAUUGGGGGCUGCUGUUGGGGGCGGCUGUCGGCUGUGUGUGACGGCGCGAAAUAAUCUAGGUAGUCGAAGUAGAUGUGCUGGAGGGACGGGGGGCGGGGAGGUCUCGUCAGCAGGGAUGGAAUGAGAGAGAAAGAGCUUAGCGACCGACCAAAGUGGCCAAGUACUCUCAGAUGCGAGAUGUCCUCAAGGCCCUCAACGGCCUUCUCCAAACAGACGCUAGGGCUGACAGAGAUCUCCUCCAGACACGAACUGGGGCACACCCAUGCCUUCAUGCUGUCGGCAUGCCUUCCGUGGAGCAGAUGGGCGCUCGGAAAGGCGUGUGCCUCAAAGCGGCGCAGCACAGGCAAGCGCCAGUUGCGCACGUCGGCCAAGUGGACCCAGUCCGAGAAUAGGAUGCGUACGUGACGCAAGCGGCUGAAUGUCGUGGCUGAUCUCUUCGGCAACGCCUUUGCCUGGUCCCGGUGGACAGAGUGGCCCUCGACAAACAGAACUCUGCAGACAUACGAGUCAGGCAAUGCCAUCCAUCAUCGUGCACGCUGAAUCCAUCCAUCCAUCCAUCGAUUGGUCUGUGCCCACCUGAGUGUAUCGGAUGCCCUCUCAAUCAGCUCCACCAGGCCAUCCACACGAGUCGCUGCGCCAUCGAUUCCGCUUUUGCUUGCAGCUAUCGACGUCUUCUCAAUGUGAGAGCCCCAUCUCGAGAACAGGCCCUUCCGCACGGCCAUGCUGACAGUGAAGCGCUGCCACGCCUCCUCGCCACACACACGGAGAUACCGUAGGCCGUCAUCGCCACCGAUGACGUCGCGGAGAGCCCUGUUGAGCCGCGAAAAGGCCCGUAUGAAGUCGAUAGUGGGAACGAAGGCCUGGAUGUUCAGCAGGAUCUCCAGAGGCAGCGAUGGGAGGGAAGUUGUCAUCUUAAUCGCUUGUGGAUCACACCAUGACAGACGUCUAUCUCUCCACGAUCCUCAAG